AUGUCUCCCUUGGUGGACUCAACAAGUACUUCUUCUCCCGUUCUCUUGUGUCCCCCAUCAAUGGAGCUCAAAGAUGAAAACGGGGUUCCAGUUUUUGACUCAAACGUACUCCAAAAGCAAACAAACUUGCCAAACCAAUUCGUUUGGCCAAAUGGCGACUUAGUUCACGGCACACAAGAGGAGCUCAACGAGCCUCUCGUAGACUUGGAAGGCUUCCUCAGAGGAGAUGAAUUUGCCGCCGAUCACGCCGCGGAGCUCGUCAGAACAGCUUGCCUUAACCACGGAUUCUUCCAAAUGAUCAACCACGGUGUCGACCUUGACCUUAUCCGCGCCGCGCACGAAGAAAUGGACACCAUUUUCGGGCUGCCCUUGAACAAGAAGCUCAGCGUCUGGCGAAAACCCGGCAGUCUUUUAGGGUAUUCCGGCGCCCAUGCAGAUCGGUACUCGUCCAAGUUGCCAUGGAAAGAAACCUUUUCGUUUGGUUACCGAGAAAGUGAUGAUGAUGCCUACUCGGAGCCUGUUGUUGUCGACUACUUCAAGUCAGCUUUGGGAGAAGAUUUCAAUUGCACCGGGUGGGUUUACCAAAGAUAUUGCAAAGCAAUGAGGGAAUUGUCUCUAGUGAUAAUGGAGCUCUUGGCCGUUAGUUUGGGAGUUGAUAGACUCUAUUAUAGGAAAUUUUUUGAAGAUAGUGAGUCAAUAAUGAGAUGUAACUACUAUCCACCAUGCAAGAACUCUGGCUUGACCCUUGGAACUGGGCCUCAUUCUGACCCGACUUCCCUGACCAUUCUUCACCAAGACCAAGUUGGAGGCCUUGAAGUCUUUGCUAACAACACGUGGCAAGCUGUCCGACCUCGCCCAGAAGCCCUAGUCAUCAAUAUCGGCGAUACUUUCAUGGCAUUGUCGAAUGGGAGAUACAAGAGUUGCCUUCAUAGAGCAGUGGUGAACAGGGAGAGAGUGAGGAGAUCAUUGGUUUUCUUUGUGAGCCCAAGGGAGGACAAAGUGGUGAGACCCCCAAAAGAUCUUGUUUGCAGAGAAGGGCCAAGGAAGUACCCUGAUUUCACAUGGUCAGAUCUAUUGGAGUUCACUCAAAAUCACUAUAGAGCUGAUGUUGCUACGCUGCAAAGCUUCAUCCACUGGCUGCUAUCUUCCAAACCAUCCCACUUUUAG